CAUAUUCUGCUUUGUUUCGCUUUCAUUACUUCUGACUCACUAUUCUCUGAAUUUUUCAUAAUUAAUAAAAUAAGUACAUACAUAAAUUUAAGUAAAUAAAAUAAAUACAAUAAGAAGCCAUAAGGAAGAAGUACAUGCUAUUUGCAUAGUGAAAAAUAAGCGAAAGCAAUUUUCUUAGUGAAAGUGAAAACUAAACGAUUUUCUGGAUUUCAAUCAUUGCAAAUCGAUAUUAGCAGACAAUGAGACUUUACUAAUAUUACUGAAAGUUUAACAAAAAAAAGUAAACAAUGCAGUAUUAUACCGAAAAGAGUGUAAAAGUUGCACUACUGUUGACGUUUAUUACGUUGUCCAGAUGCAGUGAUAUCACGCAGCAAGUUUUUGGCGAUGUGAAGGAAGGCAUUGUUGCAGCAUUUGGAGAUUUCAACUCUGAUGAGUUGACUGAUGUCUUCUUAAUAAGAGAUCAAAUGAGUACCUUAGAAAUUCUAUAUGGUGCUUAUACAGAACCUCUCUUACGACAUGGUCCCUAUUGCAAUUUCGAUGGUUAUGAAAUCACUAGUGUAGUUCCAGGAGAUUUCGAUGGCGAUGCUUUAAUGGAUGUACUUGUAACGCUGCGGCCCAAACGAAAUGCAGUGAAAAAUAUUUAUAAUGUGCAUGUCAAUUGGGGCGGUCCUGACGGUAUUAAUUGCUCUAAUGUUGGAAAUCCUAUUUUAACCACCAAAGGUGAGCCUUUGGCAUUGGAUUUUAAUCGUGAUAUGAUCAUUGAUCUUUUCGGAUUGGAUGAAAAUGGUGACCGAGCAUUCUGGAUAUUCCAGCCUCAACGAAAAGCUCCAGAAAAGCGCUCACAAGCACCACCAAGCGGUUCUGAGCAAACUACCGCAUCAAUACGUAUACCUAAUGCCAACGCCUAUUUAGAUUUUAACGGCGACUUCACAGCUGACCUUAUAGUACAGACCGAAAAGAGCUAUGAGGUAUGGUACGGUCGUAUUGAAGAAAAGGAGGAUUUUAGUUAUAAUCACAGCAUUGAUAUCGAUAUCAUUGGUUCGUCAAAUUUCAUGAUUGGACAAGCGGUAUUUGCUGAUUUUGAGUUAGAGGGAGUCGAGAAUAUUAUAUUACCUGUCUGCAUUCAAACGGACUGCUCAAACUCAACAGUUUUGGUGUACGAUGGUAAAAGCUUCCGUGAUGUUCACGUAAACUUUAAGGAUCCACAAGGUGUACUAUGGGGCUUUGUUCCGUCAAUUGAAUCAGAUGUUUACCUGAAAACCAUCACAGCACGUAGCGGAGAUUUUAAUAUGGAUGGUUAUCCUGAUUUGAUUAUAACGCUUCAUACUAUUAGUGGACCAAAGCGUAUGCAAACUUUUCUUUUGGAGAAUGUGCCCUGCAAAAUGUGUAACAAACCUCUAAAACGAACUUUUGAAGUUAAAUGGAAUGGCUUAAGUCCAAUGGGGAAUGAAACUGUCGCUGGCGCAUUCUACGAUUUCUAUCAAGAUGGUGUCCUCGAUGUUAUUCUCAUUGAAAAAACUAAACAAGGAAAGUAUCGACCACUAGCCUUCCGUAACACGCUGGACUAUGAUGCAAAUUUUGUAAAAGUUAUCGUUCUUACGGGACUUAUAAAUAGCAAAAAUCCUACACAAACAACACCGUUAGGUAGGAAGCGACGAACUUAUGGCACGAAUUUACCUGGUCCACGUAUCACCUACUCCACCACCACACAGGAGGGUGACCAACAACAAGGUUCAAGUGUUCAACUUCCACAAUCUGCUUAUUUCGCCCUUCAAUUGCCUUACACCAUUUUCGGUCUUGGACGUACACCCAAUUUCGUAGACUCGCUGACCGUAGGUUUGGGCAGCAAAUCGCGUACAUGGACACAAGUUAUACCGAACUCACAGAUUAUUGUUGUACCAAAGCCAGUGAGUGAACCUCAGCAUUGGAAAGCACAGCUUUUCGUUACACCCAGCAAAUUGAUUUUAAUGAGUGUGGUGGCGUUGGGUGGUACAUGUCUGGUCAUAGUGCUCAUUAUACUGGUUUUGUAUAUUAAAGAGAAACGUGAGGAUAAACAAGAAAAACUGCAAGAAGCUCAUCGCUUUCAUUUUGAUGCAAUGUAAAUCAGUGGCAAUUGGAAAUGCGGUACGGGUUAGCUCCUUGAAAUGUUUAUAUAUAUUAAUUUUACUCGAUUUCUAGUGUAAAAUCCUAUUUUAUUGCGAAAAGUGAUUUUUAUUUGUGUAUCUCUAUUGAUAAUACUUUAUUGGUUAUUUUUAUUAAUUAUCUUUUUGAGUGGAACAUUAAUAAAUUAAAUUAACACCUCUAA